AAACAUAAGUAAUAAUUUACAUUUGCAAUUUAGGGUCCAAGCAUACAAACAUUGCUCCACAUAAAAACAGGACAAAAACAGAUGAAACCCGUACACCAAUUUGUUUAUAAUUUAAAAAAUGACACCGCAUCCAUCCAGUAGGUUUAUGGAAUGUCUGCAGUAUGCAGCACACAAACACCGGGACCAGCGGCGCAAGGAUCCAGCACAAACGCCAUACGUAAAUCAUGUGAUAAAUGUGAGCACAAUUCUGGCUGUAGAGGCUUGCAUUGAGGAUGAAGCAGUUCUAAUGGCUGCAAUACUGCACGAUGUGGUCGAGGACACGGACGCCACGUUUGCAGACUUGGAGGCGUUGUUCGGUGCCGAUGUCUGUGGUCUGGUACGGGAGGUGACCGACGACAAAUCGCUGGAUAAGCAGGAACGCAAGCGUUUGCAAAUUGCCAAUGCGGCCAAGACGAGCCCCAGGGCUAAGCUGAUUAAGCUGGCUGAUAAGUUGGAUAAUCUAAGGGACUUGCUGGUCAACACGCCGCAGGGAUGGACGGAGGAACGACGGGAGCUGUACUUCGUUUGGGCCAAGCAGGUGGUGGAUAAUCUGCGCGGCACCAAUACCAACCUGGAACUUAAGCUGGACGAGAUCUUCAGACAGCGUGGACUGUUGUAAAUAUAAAUCAAUUGAAUUUAUUAA